AUGACUCUCAUAUCAGCUGAAGAAGUUGCUAAACAUAAUACACGCCAGGAUUGUUGGGUUAUUAUACAUGGAAAAGUAUAUGAUGUAACUAACUUUCUUCCGGAACACCCUGGUGGCGUGAAGGUGAUCCUUAAUCAGGCCGGUAAGGACGCGACAGCUGCCUUCGAUCCAGUCCAUCCACAAGAUAUAAUUAAAACGCACUUGCCCCCCGAGGCUUGCCUCGGCGAGGUUGAUCCAGCUACUGUGAUCAAAACUGCUGAAGUGGAAACCGAGGAGGAAAAGCGGCGUCGUGAAUUGAUCAAAAACAAACCAGCUUUAAGUGAAAU